AGGUUCUCCAGGCGAUGGGCUACCCAACAGGGUUCGACUCAGACCUGGACCCCAUGAGUUCAGACGAGAAGUCAGACGGGGAGGGGAAGAGCGAGACGUCAUCACACACGAGCAAUAACCCCACACACGCCUCGGACAAUUCCAACACACUGGAGGUGCGAACUCAGGGUCCGAUACUGACGGCGAGUGGGAAGAACCCCGUCAUGGAGCUAAACGAAAAGAGACGAGGCCUCAAAUACGAACUCAUCUCUGAAAGUGGAGGCAGUCACGACAAACGCUUUGUGAUGGAGGUGGAGGUUGAUGCACAGAAGUUUCGUGGGGCAGGCCCCAAUAAAAAAGUAGCAAAGGCCAGUGCUGCUCUAGCGGCUCUAGAAAAACUCUUCUCUGGUCCAAAUGCAGCUGUAAACAAGAAAAAGAAGAUAUUGCCUCAGCACGUCUUUGUCCAGACAAAAGGAGUCCUGGCGGCCGCGGCCGCCGCCUCGGCAGUAGCAGCUCAGGUCGCCCGAGGAAGAGGAAGAGCAGCCCUCGCGAGAGGAGCCUUCGUCAGCGCCGCAGCACCAGGAUAUGUCACUCCAGGUAGUGAGAUCUUAUGCUUUGGGGCACCGUAUGGCUACAGCCCCGCUGCAGCAGCUGCUCCUGCAUACGAUAUGAUGCGCAGCCAUUCGUUGAGAGGACCCAGUAUCUUGUCCAAUGGUGGUCUUUUCAUUGACAAUCCCUUCUACCAGCCGCGGACCCUCGCUCCUUUUAUCAUUCAUCUGGGUCCCCAGGAUCUCUUCUCUGACUUCUAGUGGCAGAAGGUUGUUGGAAACUCUCUUCACACUGACCUGUCUGUACAUGCAGGACGCCUAUCUUUAUGUCCUUCUCUAAGCCUUUUGAUGCAGGUGAUGGGCUCACAGAUCUCAAACUGUUUCUGUUUGAUCAGUCCGCCGGAAAAAAAAAAACCGUUCUGUCAGCAGCAGAGUGUAAAAUCUCACCUACUGACCGAGAGGCUCAACGCUCCACUUUCUGUAUUCUCUAUUCUCCAACCAGAUGAUCACUUCAGAGGAGAGAAACUUUACACAAAGCAAUACUCGGAUUGUACGAGGAACGUUCAGCUGUGCGAGGCUGGGCUGAACUUCUUUCUUAUAGCAAUACACCAGAACUCCUCUCCAAGCUUACUGACUUGAGAAGAUGUGAAUGUCCGAUGGAGUUUUACCCAACACAGCAUUGCAAUAGCUCAUUCUGAUUGUAUAUUCAUUGUAUGUGUGUGUACGUGUGGCUAUAACAUGACUAUAUACACAUAUAUGUAUGGUGUAUGUUUCUAUAACAAUGUGUUGACAAUAAUAUUACUAUAUGAGGAUGUAUUUAUGUAAAUAUUCUAUAAAAUAUAACUAUUGUUGGUAUAAAUUAUUUUAGAAUUAUAACGUGAGAUGUAACUGUAAUAUCACAGUAUAGCUUUCUUCCAAUUUUAUAUACACUGAGCAAUUGAAGCUAGUUCUAGGAGAUGCAAUAUUAUCUUUGGUAUUCCUAUUAACCCUGUGCUGUUAGAAUAUGUAUGCUUCCUUCUUUCCUUUCCUUCCUCUCCUUACUUCCCCUCUAUCUUUGAUGUCUUUCUGAGCCUUUCUGAGCACGCUCUCUGCUGCCCUCCGAGGUCUGUUUACGUGGCCCGGACCAGAGGUGCCCUCUAUUACUGAACACACUCAUCACCUAAUCACACCUGUGCACACCCAGGCACACACACUUUCCUGUCAAGAAGCACAUUUUCUAAAGUCUCACUGCUGGCAGGGAAUACUGUUGUUACAAAUACAGUACUGUAUGUGUAUAGUAUGUGUAUACAUCCUCCAUAACACCCAUCAACACUCUGUCCCGCUCGCCUUAGGGACCAAAAGCACAGCUCACUCACGCAUUGCUGUUCCUUCUUUCUGCCAACACACACAUUCACACACACCCUUCCCUCCAGCCUAUUUUCCUGUAGGGACAUGAUGCCGCUGGUGGCAGAUACAGCCUGGUCAAAGGGCGUGUCUUAAAAAAUGUCAUCUCACAACUGGCUAACUAAUUAAAGGUAUAGCUCAGAAAAAGGCCUUAAAAGUGGAGCUUUAAAUUCGAUUGAUGUGUUCCUGCCUGGGAAUAAGUAUAUUUCAUGGGUUGGUUAUGUCAGCUGUCGGCACUUAGAAGGAGGGAGUUUACGUUUGGUUUCUUUUCACUGAAACCUAAAAAACCCAACAUGUCUGAUCAGUCAACCACAGCAGUCUCUGGCCUUCUAAUAAGUUCCACAGAGUGAGAUUUACUCAUUAAACAUGAAGUAUAAACCCAUACUAUCAGAAUUCAAGAUUAGUAUUGAAAAAGAAAAGCCGGAAUGGUGCAUGCCUGGUUUCAAUCACAGUGGCUGAGACACCUGUCAAUCAAGCAAACACACUGCAUUACGUCUCUGUUAGGCAACAUCUUCUGAACAUUUUUAGCACGAUAUUAGAAAAAUACAAAACUUGUAUUUACCUGUAUUCGAGACAGAAGUUGGAUUCUUAAAGGAUUCAAAACCCCUAACACAGUCAGCUUGUUAAGGCCAGUCUCCAUGUUGAUGAACUGUUACAGAGAGAUUUGGGGGGUGAAGUUUGGUUUGUCAUUUUGUAGUCUUAAAAAUUCAUGAAUAUUGUGUUUGACUAUGUAGCCCUAGUCCGUUGAGAAUGCUAUAGCAUAGAUUGCAAGUUUUAUUUGCGUAGGUUGUUGUUAGAGUGAGAGAUGAGGUGUUCCAUUAAACUCUAAAGUGCUUAACGCUUAAUUAUGUUGGGUCUAACUUUGGGCUGUAAUCAGUCAGAAAGCACCAUACACAAAGUACUCACUCAGUGCUGUGUGGGAUUCUUUGCAAAUAUCUGUGGCGCUUCUAAAAGCUCUUCAUCAGUUUUAUUUUAUUUUUAGCCUUCAAUAGAGACAUGGUGUCAGUCAGCAGAGACAAAAUCGACCAGAAUGUGAAUCAAAAGGCUUUGAUUCCCCUCACGCUCGCCUUGAUCUGGGCACCUGUUUGAUCUCCUGUGUUUGCUUCAGCUUUGAUCAAACUAAAAUGACGUCUGAGAAUGCGGUGAUAGACGUCCUCACACCUCAAAGCCCAUUGUUUUCAAGACUUUUGAGUCAAAUUAGAGUUAUAUUUUGUGACACCACUGAGCUGACAGUCAAGAGAAUUCUUUAGUUUUACUGAAUAUGGAAUACAAUGAGAGUCAGGAUGUAAAUGUCUGCUUAUCGGUUCCUUAAACCUGGUUAUGGUUCAGCCAUUCAGCAUCAUGGACAGAACAUCUGUGUUGAAAUCAGAGCUUGUAAACAUUAGCUGUUAGCCGCCGUCAAAGGUUGCAGUGAAUGACUUUACUCAAUUCACAAAAAAUUGGAAUCGGGGAGCAACGUUAUCACGAUGUUAUCAAAUGUAAUCUUGUUAACUGUUCAUUUUGGCGAGAUACUUGAAUCAAUACAGUUGUUUGAAGGUAAAGAAAGUAGUCGAGUCGAGUAGUCAGUAAAUUCCACUACCUAUAUGAAGAAAUUUGUUAGCAUGCCGUUUUUAGAAAAUAAACUGAAAAGAAUCUCGGCCAUUUACGUAGGGGCAGCUGGUCACUCGACAUAAACACUUGGAUUUAUCCACAGUGUGUCUGUUACAGACAGAGUCCACAUCCAUGGUUGCCUCUGCACCGCACGACAAAUUUGUUUAGCUAUUCCAAGCAUUUCCCACCAAAUCACAGAGCACAUCCAGCCCUCUCAUCUCAUCUGAGAGAGGCACUGCUUUGCCGUUUUCAUCCUUGUGUGGAAUUCACGUUGAGGUGAAUAACUGUGUUGAAACAGAGCCUCUCUAUCGGCUAAGAAUGUCUGCUUAUUUCCCCUCUCCCCUCUCUCUGUCUCUCUGUCUCUCUGUCCUCUCUGUCCAGAUGGCCCACAUUAAUAAGGCAGAUAUUCAUACCUCAGUGAGCAACCUUUUCAUUUCCCCUGUGACUGAACAGACACGCUGGAGGAGUCACCCUGACUACUGACCUGUCCUCUUGGUCUGUUGGCCGGACAACCGCUCACAGGGAAGGAGGCAGAGUGAGAGCUCAGGGAAACACGCUUAGUCUAAAAAUGGCGCAGGCGUCUGUAGAGGUUGGGGAGUUGUUUCCUUAGCCAGAUUUGUGUUUCUUGUUAUAGGCUUUACAGUAAUACGUGAGGAAAAAUAACUUUUUACCACUACCCAGAGCCUGGAUUGACUUACAUUUAUAUUUAUAAUUAACCACAAUGUUUGUGGUAUGCACCGGAUUACUGCAGGGAAAAACGAAAUAAUUAUUAAAUGUUCUUAUUCUUUAGAAGCAUAUAUUUGGUGAUGAUGUAGAAGAUGAGGUACAAAGAUACAAAGUUCACAUGAAGACAGAUUUAUUUAGUGUACGAAAAAUAUUCAGAUAGUUUAGAUCUGCUGUUGCACCAUCAUGAAGGUGUGACGCUUUUUCAGUGUUUUCCCAGAAGCCCUGUUUGAAGAUUUGGACAGUUGUGUCCAUGUGGAUCACUUUUCUAGAGAGUAAUGCUUGUUUGUCCUGCUCCCGGUCCCUGUGAGUUCUCUGAUGGAUGUUCAUCCCUCUCCAUUGUUCCCAUGAAAGGUCUCAGAGAUCACUAUGAAACAGGAAAACAUGGUAGCCAUUGUAAACGCAUCUCCCUGCAUCUACACUUUGACAUACACAGCCUCUCUCUAGGCGUGUGAUUACACCUGUACAUCUUCUAAGCACAAAACACACACACAUUGUUCUCAGGGCCACCUGACACACACGUUUAUGCAAAUAGACACAGAAGUAAUCAUAUAUGUAAAUAUUUCAUCAUUCACUGACAAUAACAGCCGAGACAUUCUUUGCUUCAUGGUUUGAAUAUCACACAUAAGAUUGUAUGUAGUGAGAAUUGUACAAGUGGUUAGGCCUUGUUUGUACUUUAGGAUUUGAGCCAUGUAUAGCUGAGAAAAUACAUCUCCCCUAUUUGUUUUCUUGGUGCUUUAUGACAGGCUGUCUGUAGCACUGUAUAUAAUGGAUGUUACUUUAGCUUUUUGGAGAACCAGCAGUUACCCGUGGACAACAUCAACUUUGCUGACAGGGGACAAAAGGGAGGAAAGAAAAGUUAUUUUGGCACCAAAUGCAGUUGCUUUGCGCGUUUAGAUGCUGCAAUAUGUUCAGUAGUUAGAGUGCUUUUUGCUGCCAGUCGCACGAUUUCCCUCAGGCUACUCUUCAUCCCUCUGCCAGGAUUAAAGGUCAGGAUCGGGAAUAAUGCAAAGAGGCUGUCUGUUAACAGGUUCUGUAUUGUUCUGCGGGAUGUCUUCAUCCAGACACCAAAGACUCUGAAGGCUUUGUUGCAAAAAUCUGAUAUUCUUGCUGUCUCAGAAGUUAGAAACCAUACAGUACGGGAGGUGAUACUCACCAUAGACAGUUAACAAAUACCAGGUGGUAAAUGAAGGAGAAAAGUGUCUCGCAUUAGCACAGAGACGCUAGGAGACAUGCUAAAUGUGUCUGAAAGCAGAGGAAGAAGAGCAGAAAGAGCCAGCAGGUCCAUCAAAUGAACUCUCAGCAGAAAUAGAUCCAGGAUCACGUUUCAACUGCCGAGGCAAAGCGAACCAGACUAACUGCUGAACGCAUCAUUUUCUCCUGGUGUGUGUGCAUGUGUGUCGCGGGGGGGGGGGGUUUGUGAGUGUGUGUGUUCGUCUGGCUAGCACAUCAACUGGAGGAGGAUGGGAAGUUAUUUCACACCCAUACGCACGCACAGACACACAUUAUUGCAGUCACAUUUAGCAUGUUGUUGCAUAUUUGGUCAUGGUCUGCUGAUAAGUCCAAAAUCCUCCUGAUAAACGAUCAAAGCAUUUUGGUUGGGAAUGUACACUGUCGUUAUAGUGAUUGUAGAGUAGAAUGUAUUUACUCAUAGAGAGAGUAAACUUGCUUUUGUGUAGAGAAGCAUAUAUACAGAAUAUAUAUGGAUACAUACAUAUACAUCUAUAUAUCUUUUGAUCUUGUGUGUGAGAGUUGUUUUGGGCGCAUCCACCCUGUUAAGAUUCAUAUUUCUCUCCCCUUUUUCAACUUUUAUUUAUUAUGUUCGGACAAAAGUAGCGUCCUACGGGUGAUGAGUGUUUAUUUUGUUCCUGUAUAUAUGAUUUUUUUAUUUUAUUUUUGACAAAAAGGGGUUUAAAAAGAAACAGUUUUACGAUGCUGCCUAUGAAGUGAUAUCUGUCCACAGAAUCUGUGUGGUUCAUGAAUUUAUCAAAGUGAUUUUUUUGGUGAAAUGUAACAAUGACAGGGUGGGAGUCUCACAGGUCGUGCUGAACAAAGGCCAAUGACAAUGAAUCAUUUGAACUUGCUGUAUUGAUUAGUAGCAACAUUCACAGCAGUGAUGAUCUGUGGUUGUCACUGUUUUUGACACAAUCUAUGCUUGACAAACUGAAAAUAAAUCUGAUAAAGUGCUGAAUCUC